AUGAAGUUAAAUAAUUGGAGGAAAAGAAGAAGUCAGAGCGAAAAGGCAAUCUCCCAGAGAAGGAACACCCAACAAGUUGCAAGAGAGGAGUGAAAGACUCGUAAGACCGCUGACCAGGAUUCACUUAAGUUGACUUAUAAAACACCUGAACGAAAACAGUGGGUAAAAUCUACAAAACUUGCUAGUGACUUUAAACAAACCAGAGUGAUUCAAAACUAUACAUCUGCAAGUAAAAGGGUGAAAACCUACAAACAUAAUUCUCAUAAUCCUAGAAUGAAACUCUGAAAUCUUCGAGAAAGACGUAAUUGAGUCAAGCACAAAUAAGGAGGAGGCGAAUACAACUAUCUAUGGGGAAGACCUAGACUCUAAGAUCAAGGAAAUUGAGGACAUCUCCCUUCAAUACAAAGAGAGACACAAUCAGACUGAAAAAUAAGAACCCUGAACGACUCGGUACGAUCAGUGAGAAUGAAAAAGCCGAAGAGAAUUGCCAAUCUGGCACUGAGAAAUUUAGCCACAGCUUAAGCAGCCGUAGGUUUGAUAAUGAUAUCAAUAUCUAUGCAGAUAAGAUGAAAAAUAGCUGACUCAUCGACUAUUCAGUAUACUCUGAUGAGAAUUUAACACCUCUUACUCGGUUUGAGGGCCAAGAGGAAGGAAAACGAACUGGCAGAUUUCUCGAAAAUCAAUCACGCAAGAGUGUUGAUAACAACAGCUCAGACUCUUUUGAGUCAAAUAAUGAUGAUUUCAUUCAUGAGAAUGUAGACUUUGUCAAACUCAAAGAAAGCAGAGAAGCUCUACAUAAGAUUCAGCUUGAGCUUAAUGAGAAUAAAUGCUUAUCUGGACCUGAGAAGUCCUCUCUUUCAAAUCAGUUUGACUAUAUUAUGCAAAUACUCUCAUCUAGGAUAACAGAGAAAAAUUUGGAAAGAACCCUCCCUGAGUUUAGGAAGAAUGAGAGAACCCGAACGGAGAGGAAGAACACCAGCGUGCUUGAUAUGGACUACCAAGUACUCAGGAAUAGCAUCAAGAAAAAGAGAUAUAUGCUAUAAAGCGGAUUUUAUAUUUAUUAGUAAUUCAAUUUU